CGUGCCGUAAAGUAAAAGCUACCACAAGCUCCUGAUUUCGGUUCUGUCUGUAUUUCUGUCCUUUAUUGACUCUGGUUGUUUCGUCUCAAGCUUGAGACUUCUGUUGCCACUUUCUUUGUCCACUGCUUCCUUACUUGCGACCUGUACAUAAUACUUCUUGUCCUGUCUUGCACUGUGAAUUCUAGCGUCUUUUCGAGUCAUUUGCUCUCACUCUACCUGGCUAGUCCCACUUGGAACUGAAAACACCAAGUCAAUGAUUCGAGAUCCGUUCAACAUCCACCGAACCACAAGCACCUUUGGACGCCCGCAAUCUCGAACCAUUCCUGCGCCGUCGCGGGCCGAGGCCGAUGAAGUAGCUAUGGCCUUCUCUAUGCCCCGAACCGUUCCGUCCUUCGAUAGUCGUCAACGAGAGCUUGAGGAUCGAUUCUGGGGUUCUGGCCAGAGAUCCAACAAGUCGGAUCGACUCCCAAUGUACAAAGACAAACCUUAUGCGUCGCCAUACGACGAUGAAGACAAACCCUUUUGGAAGCGCAAGAAGUGGAUGGCCAUUAUUGCCUUUGUUGUUUUGACAUUAAUAUAUUGGACUGGAUCUUCGAAGAAACCCUCCCAGAAGCGAACGGUGACGACCGAUUGGAGCUACACAGGCUUGUCCAAGGAUGAUAGAAAGGCGAAUUGGGAUCACAGGAGAGAUCGUGUGGUCGAGGCAUUCGAGCUGAGCUGGGAUGCCUACAAGCGAUAUGCCUGGGGUAUGUUUGGCCGAAUAUCUGGAUGGGAUUCAAAUUGGCUGACCGAAGAACUCGACAGGAUUCGAUGAAUAUCACCCGAUUAGCAAGACGGGUGAAAAUAUGGCACCAAAGGGGCUCGGCUGGAUCAUAAUCGACUCUUUGGAUACUAUGAUUCUCAUGAACCUUACAUCUCGUGUCCAAGACGCUCGUCAUUGGAUCUCGGACUCCUUGACAUGGGAUCAGGAUCAGGAUGUCAACACCUUCGAGACGACGAUUCGAAUGCUGGGUGGGCUUCUAAGUGCACAUUACUUAUCCACUGAGUUUCCGGGGCUUGCGCCACUGGCCGAGGAUGACGAGGGGGCAGCCGGCGAGGAUUUGUACCUUGAGAAAGCUAAAGACUUGGCCGAUCGUCUCAUGAGCGCAUUUGACUCCCCAUCUGGUAUCCCAUAUGCGAGUGUCAACCUUGCUAAGUUCGAGGGUAUCCCCUCACACGCAGACAUGGGAGCGUCGUCGACGGCGGAGGCCACAACUCUCCAGCUUGAAUUCAAGUACCUCGCGAAGCUCACAGGAGAAAGGGACUUUUGGGACCGUGUGGAAAAUGUCAUGAAACUUGUCGACAACCAGGGAGCUCAGGACGGCUUGGUCCCCAUCUUUAUUUAUGCAACCUCGGGCGAGUUCAGGGGUGAAAACAUUCGUCUGGGAAGCCGCGGCGACUCAUACUAUGAGUAUCUUAUCAAGCAAUAUCUUCAGACGAACAAGCAGGAGCCUAUCUACCAAGAUAUGUGGUACGAGGCGCUUCAAGGCGUUCGCAAGCACCUCGUUACAUAUACUUCGGACUCCAAGUUCACCAUCAUCGGAGAGCGACCGAAUGGAUUAGAGAUGCCACUUAGUCCGAAGAUGGAUCACCUUGUGUGCUUCAUGCCCGGUACAAUAGCAUUGGCGGCCACAGAAGGUCUCACCGAGGCUCAGGCACGCAAAUCGCCGACGUGGUCGAAGAAGAACGAGGACGAUAUGCAGCUGGCGCGAGAAGUCAUGGAGACAUGCUGGGGAAUGUACAAGUACAUGGCAACAGGGCUAUCGGCCGAAAUCACCUACUUUGAGAUUGACAACCCGCCCGCGGCUUACGGCAAUCCUCGAAAUGGUCCAGUUAAUUUCGACCCAAGUCCAGACGCGGAGUGGCGUAAGGACUUUACUGUCAAGUCUGGCGAUGUCCACAAUCUUCAGCGACCCGAGACAGUCGAGAGUCUGUUUUACAUGUGGAGGAUCACCAAUGACAACCGAUACCGGGAAUGGGGUUGGGAGAUGUUCAAGUCUUUCAUGAAUCACACAGCUGUGCGAAAUGGAGGAGGCUUUACAAGUCUGCGCAAUGCCAAUGUUGUCCCUCCUAAAGUGCGGGACAACAUGGAGAGCUUCUGGUUGGCUGAAACAUUAAAAUACUUUUACCUCCUGUUCUCACCUCCUGAUCUCCUACCUCUGGACAAGGUCGUUAUCAACACCGAAGGACACCCACUGCCUCGCUUUGACAUGGGACAGUUAUUCUCCACAGGAUGGAAGAGAAAGCCAAGAGACGCCAAUGGCAAGAUCAUCGCUACGGCCGUCAAGGCAGAAAGUCAAGAGAAGGAGGCCGUUAUGCAGGACGCCAAGAAGGUGAAUUAGAGCAGCUGAUACCGUGUUUCCGGUGAUUGGAUGCUGUGAAUAAGCUUAAGUGAUAUAGGGUGGCGAAGUUCCGUUGAGCGUAUGUAGCAUUUGUUUAACAUAUCAUACUGUUUGAGCAUGGGCAAAGACUUGAAUAGAAGCCCGAAGCCUUGGUACUAAAUGUACGGAGGUAUUUUCUCGAAAUCAUCUCCGUUCUGGUCAAGACGGAUACUCUUUUCGUGGCUUUGCAGCUGCCUUUCUGGUCCAAGCUUCAAGGAAGACAGGGUUGUGACGUUCUCGAAAAAUAUGGUUCGAUGGCGAGCAAAACAAGGAGGCAGAUAGGAAAGGAUCCGCUUCCCCGUGUUUCUGUUCUUGGCAUAUGAUUGUAUUUGCGAUAGGCCCUGGAUUACCAUAUCUAAGGUAUGCACCGGGACCCAUGAGGGCUAGAACGUGAGGGAGAACGAAUGGAUUUCCUUUUGUCGGGACCGAGAAGAGGGUAGACGCAGUUGGCCGAUGAAUGGAAGGGCCCUCGUAUCAGGGCUGAAAUGAAUUGGGAGAGGGAGGGACGGGAGUGUGAUAGUCAAACUAAGUGGUGAGUGCACCUGCUGGAGAUGGUAUAGGUGGGUUGCUUGGGAAGACAGGGGUUGCAGCUGUUGGUUGAAGGAUUACCUUUAGUAGCUUGUGAUUUAUUUUCGAUACAGCGUUGGGCCAUGGUGUGUGUAUACUGGCCAACAUCUGGUGUUUUGUCCCUCGGAGAUCUAAGAUGGAAUCCAC